AUGGCGGCCGAUGUAGGACAUCAGGCCAAUGGCACAGGAAAGAAACAGAUGAUUCUGAAUGCCUUCGUAAUGAACACUCCUAGCCAUCUAGCGGCCGGACUCUGGCGUCAUCCCAGGAGUAAAACAGACAACUACAAGAAACUGUCCUUCUGGACGGACUUGGCGAAACUUUUGGACGAAGCCGGGUUCCAUGCGAUGUUCAUUGCUGAUACACUGGGUCCAUACGAUGUGUACAAAGGUCCUGCCAAUGUCGUUCCGGCUUUGGGAGCUGGAGCUCAAUUUCCCGUCAACGAUCCUCUUUAUCUAGUCCCAGCCAUGGCAGCUGCGACCAAAAACCUGAUCUUCGGCGUGACGGCCAGUGCAACCUAUGAGAAGCCGUACGCGCUCGCACGAAGGUUUACGACGGUAGAUCAUUUGGCAGAGGGCCGAAUUGCAUGGAACAUUGUUACAUCAUAUCUUGACAGUGCCGCACGCAAUCAUGGUUUGAAAGAACAAAUUCCCCACGACGAGCGCUACGCCAUUGCCCACGAAUAUAUGGACGUGGUCUACAAGUUGUGGGAGGGUAGCUUCAGAGACGACGCCGUGCGGGCAGACCGCGAUACGGGCACUUACAUUGCUGCUGAUGGAGUGCGCCAGAUCCUACACAAGGGGAAAUACUUCGAGGUUCCGGGACCGCACUUUUGCGAACCGUCGCCGCAGCGUACGCCGUUCUUGUUCCAGGCUGGCGUGUCGGAGGCGGGAAAUGGGUUUGGUGGCAAGCACGGAGAAGCUAUUUUUGUUGGUGGUCAGACGCCAGAGAUUGUGAAGAAGACCGUGGAUAAUAUUCGUGCAGUUGCUCAGCGGGAAGGAAGAGACCCGAGGCAUAUCAAGGUCAUCGUAGGUAUUGGUGUGAUUGUUGGUGCCAAUGACGAGGAAGCCGAGGAGCAACGGAAAGAGUUCAUUAGAUACUCUGACUCCGAAGGUGCACUGGCGCUGUUUGGUGGUUGGACUGGAGUCGACCUAUCCAAACAUGCCGACGAUGAAGACUUCCGUCUGAGCGAUUCUCCGCGUCUGCAGUCUCUGGUAGCACGUUGGUCAGCCACAGUACCAGGAACAGAAAACGAGCCCUGGACCAAGCGAAGGAUCGUUGAGUAUCUCAGUCUUGGUGGAAUGCAAGCCAAGAUCAUCGGGGGACCUGAAAAGGUAGCUGACGAGCUUGAGCGAUGGUUUGAUAUAUCAGGCGUGGACGGAUUCAAUCUGGCACAUGUCGUUAAUCCGGGCACCUUUGAGGAUAUAUCGAGGUAUUUGAUCCCGGAACUGCAACGACGCGGUAAAUUUAGGACGUCAGUCGACAAGGAGGGCGCGACUGCGAGGGAGGUAUUCCUCGGGUCGAAGAGACUUCUAGAUGACCAUCCUGGCUCUAGGUUCAAGUGGGCUACUGGAGAAGACGUCCCGCAGUAUCAGCGAUGAAGUAGCGCGUGCUAUGCGCUUGUCUCGUAGUGUUCUCGAGGGGGAGCCAUCAGACCAGGGGUCAUGGUCCCAAGAUCUUUGAUAGGCAAGAGCGUAUAGACGUCUGUGGUAUCGAAGGGAUGCACUCUGACUCGACCGCUAUGUCACCAUAGAUACAGAGUGGUUGACAGUGUUUGCCAUCCUGGGGCAUUGGGUUGUGACGUUAGUGGCGUGGAUGAACGGC